AAUUUAAGAAGAUUUUGAGUUGUAAGUUGUAACUUAAUACAUUUUAGCCUUUUAACUUGAUUACAAAUUUUCAGUUCUCCACCACUGUUAUUAAACAUGAAGAAACCACAUCAAAUUAAUGAUACAAACCUAAGGAAUACGUGUGUGCUAUAGCUGCACAAAUAGUGAAAAAAAAAAGAAAAAAAAAGUUGAAGCAAUAAUCAAUUUUAUUUUGAAAUAAAUAAAAAAACCGGAAAUCGCAAUGUUUUGAUCGCACGUCAUUGGUCCAUGAAUAAAGCUACUUCCGGUAAGCGCGUCUUCUACAAAAUGAACUCUUCAUUUUUACCCUCAGUUGCAGAACAACUUUUCAAAGACAUUCAGAAGAUAUACCAGGACACAUCUCAAAUUCCUGAUGACAUGCUGAUUGCACUGAAGUUUAUAUUUGGCCCAUGUGCGCUCCAGGCUUUGGAUUUGGUUGAUCAGCACUCCGUCACCUGUCUCUCUUCUCCAAGUGGACGCAGAACCUUUCAGGUCACUGGAGGCUCUGGUCACGUGUACACUUGCUUCGUGUCCUGUCACUUCUGUCCCUGUCCAGCCUUUGCUUACACUGUUCUCCGCAGGAAUGAGGGGCUGCUGUGCAAACACCUCCUCGCCGUGUAUUUGUCUCAGGCCAUGGCCGUGACUCAGCAGGAGGCCGUGUCUGACCAGGAGAUGACCACUUUGCUCAGCACCACAGCGUUUUGAGAGCCUCUAAUCUGGUGAGCCCUGGAAUAUGUCAAAGAGAAGUGGUACAAAAGACUUUAAGAGGAGUAUGAGGCUCCUGUGGAAGACGCCAGAUGUCGUUUUAUUUAUUGAACUCUUAUUCAUCUUAAGUGUGUUAUUUUUAGGUUUAUUUAGCUAUUAGAUGAGCAGCUGCUGGUUUAAAUUUAUUCCAGUCUUGUACAUAAACGGAGCAAUAGAUGUGGGGCAUGUAGAGAAAAAUAGCAGUUCUGGAGAUAUGCACAAUUAGAAUAUGGAGUACACGGUCUAUCAUUAAAAUGUUUAGUGUAAUCUUCCAGACAGGGUACAAAGUGAUUUUUCUUCAAUUUUUCUUAAAUUUAAUGGUCACAAGAAAUUUACAGGCAGUUGAGAUAUUAAUUAUACAUAUUAAAUAUUUCAAUAUUUUUAGGAAUAUCCCUAAAACUGUAUCUUAACCUUAACCUUAAAGUUGCAUAAGGCAGAGGUGGGACUUGCAAGUCGUGACUAGGACUUGAAUCAGACUUGAGUCACUAUUUUUAGGACUUGAGACUUGACUUGAUAAAAUGGAGUAAGACUUGGGACUCGACUUGGACUUGAAGGUCAGUGACUUGGGACUUGACUCGGACUUGAGGCCUGUGACUUGAGAAGACUUGAGAAGCACUUUUAAAUCUGAGUUCUUUCUAUUUUGACUGUAAUGAUUCACUCUAAGAUUUUGUCAAGACAUUUAAAAAGGGAAAAAAAUGCAUUUCUACUACUCUUAUAUACUCUAUAAAUACUCAUAUAUAAAUAUACCAUGACUUUAUAAGUACAAUUUAUCUUAUAAUUCAUAUAAAUUGCAAAAAUCUAAGAUAUAUUUGGUACUUUGGUUUAAAGACAUGAAAUGACUUGAAGCUCAAAGCAGACAACUUGAACUUCACUUGGACUUAUGGGCCAGUGACUCGAGACUCGACUUGGACUUGCCUGUAUUUGACUUGAGACUUGACUCGGAUUUGAGGUCAAUGACUUGAGACUUACUUACUGUACUAUAUUUGCGUAACUAUAUUCAGACUAUAUCUGCAACAUUUUCAGCAUUUAUUUAUGAUUUGCCUAUCUUUGAAACAACAUUCACAAUAUUAUCCUUAUGUUGCUAAUCUGUUCAUGUAACAGAGUAAAUAAUAAAGAGCCCUUUGUAACAAUAUAAA